GCCUGCUUCCUCUGCAUGGGGCCCUGCAGCAACCCCCGCCUGGGGCUCCCCGGGGGGGAGUCGCCCUCCCAGCCCCCCCAGAGGAGGAAGAAGAGAUACCUGCGGCAUGACAAGCCCCCCUACACCUACUUGGCCAUGAUCGCCCUGGUGAUCCAGGCCGCACCCUCCCGCAGGCUGAAGCUGGCCCAGAUCAUCCGUCAGGUCCAGGCCGUGUUCCCCUUCUUCAGGGACGAUUACGAGGGCUGGAAAGACUCCAUCCGCCACAACCUCUCCUCCAACCGAUGCUUCCGCAAGGUGCCCAAAGAUCCCGCGAAGCCCCAGGCCAAGGGCAACUUCUGGGCGGUCGACGUGAGCCUGAUCCCAGCCGAGGCGCUGCGGCUGCAGAACACGGCCCUGUGCAGGCGCUGGCAGAGCAGGGGCGCGAGGGGAGCCUUCGCCAAGGACCUGGGCCCCUAUGUGCUGCAUGGCCGGCCCUACCGGCCGCCCAGUCCCCAGCCGCCGCCCUGCGAGGGCUUCAGCAUAAAGUCUCUGCUAGGGGACUCCGGGGAGGGGGCGCCGCCGAGCAGCCCAAGUCGGUCAGGCUCAGUUCGCAUAGGGGAGGAAGAGGCACCCACUCCAGUCCCCCCCUCUGAGAGACCUCUGUGGCCCGUCUGCCCCCUCCCAGGGUCCCUGAGAGCAGAAGGGGAGACUUCCCAGGGGGGAAACAGCAGGCCCUCGCCCCUCUCCCCUGAACCCAGAGCCUGGCCCCUCCACUUACUGCAGGGUACCCCAGGCCCUGGGGGACUCCCUGGUGGAAGCCGCAGGGCCUCGCUUUGGGGGCAGCUACCUACCUCUUAUUUGCCCAUUUACACUCCCAACGUGGUGAUGCCAUUUGCCCCACUGCCACCCACCUCUUGCCCCCGGUGCCCCCCCUCAACCAGCACAGGCUAUUGGGGGGUGGUCCCUGAAACCCAUGGCCCCCCAAGGCUGCUCUGGGAUCUAGACGCCCUCUUCCAGGGGGUGCCACCCAACAAAAGCAUCUAUGAUGCGUGGGUUAGCCACCCCCGAGACCUGGCUGCCCCUACCCCAGGCUGGCUACUCUCCUGGUACAGCCUGUGA